AUGCAACAUAGCUAUAUUCUAAGUGGUUCAACUGCUGAAGGACAGGGUUAUGCCCGUCGAUGGGCAUCGAAUCUUGAUAAAUUACAAGAUUUAGAUUUAAUAAAAUGUGUGCGUAAAAUUGAUAGUGAAAAAGAAUUAAUUUCGAUUUCAACUAUGCCAGUUUUCGUACUCGUGAAAUGGAAUAACAAGAAAUUAGUACAUUUACCUGUUUCUUAUUAUGGGGUUGAGCUCGACGAUGAUGAUUCAUCUCCUUCUAUGCCUUUAGUGAAUGGAUUUCAAAUGAAACGACGUCUGGCAGAACAGCUUGAACAAUCGCCUCACUUUCCAGGUAAAAAGUCAGUAGCAACUGACAAGGCAUCUGUUGAAACACAAGCAACAUACAUUGAUCCAGCUGAUGUAGACUCAGGUGGUAGAACAUUCGAAAAUAAUUUAAAAUUUAUUGAAGAACAACGGUGUAAAUCGAAAGAUAAGAAAUUAAUGAACAAAUUAUUUGAAAAUUUUGUUUACUAUUGUCGUCAAGCAGCAACCAAAGAACAAUAG